AUGGCCGGAGAAGAGCAAAGACGUAGAUGGAGCCUUCAAGGCAAGACCGCACUUGUCACCGGUGGAACCAAAGGCAUUGGGCAUGCUGUAGUGGAAGAACUAGCAGGAUUUGGAGUGAUAGUACAUACGUGUGCUCGAGACGAAUCUCAGCUCAAUGAGUGUUUAAGUGAAUGGAAAAAGAAAGGGUUUCAAGUCACUGGUUCAGUUUGUGAUGCAUCGUCCUGGACCGACAGAGAGAAGCUCAUGCAAACUGUGUCCUCGUUGUUUGAUGCCAAGCUCAGUAUCAUCAUAAACAAUGUUGGCGCAAUCCUGUCAAAGCCAACACUUGAACAUACGGCAGAAGAUUUCUCGUUCCACAUUUCGACCAACUUGGAGUCUGCCUAUCAUUUUAGCCAGCUUGCACAUCCUAUGCUCAAGGCUUCAGGAUGUGGGAACAUUGUCUUUAUGUCCUCUGCUGCUGGGGUCGUGUCGCUUAGCAUCAGCUCCGUCUAUUGUGCCACAAAAGGGGCGAUGAAUAAGCUAGCAAGGAAUUUAGCUUGCGAGUGGGCGAGCGACAAUAUAAGGGUUAAUGCUGUGGCUCCUGGACUAAUUGCCACUCCUCUAGCUGAAGCUGCGACUAGCGAUGGAUUUAAGAUGGGUAUGAUUUCAAGAAAGCCCUUAGGGCGGUUAGGGAGACCAGAGGAGGUAGCAUCGCUGGUGGCAUUUCUUUGUAUGCCUGCAGCUUCUUAUAUUACUGGUCAGACCAUUUGCGUCGAUGGAGGUCUCACUAUUAACGGCUUCUCUUAUCAGCCACAUGCUUAA